UAUGCUCUUUAUUUAUAAAUGCUAAGAUUUAUAUAUUAUAGCCUUAUUUUGUAUUCUAUUUCCACUAUUUUUAAUUUUAUUUGGGAUANAUUUCACAACAACCUUUUAAGAAGACAAUCAUGUUUAUUAUAAGAAGAUAGCAGAAUAUAUAAAUGCAUUCCCAACUGUCAGUAGUGAAGUUUAAAUAGAUUAACAUAGAGCGUAACUUAAAUUAUUUAAUCAAAGUUCUGAGUUAAGUGUGUUUCUAGGUUCAAUAAUAAGAGUUCAACAUACCUCAAUUCCUGAUUUUAUAGGUAUACAUUAAUUACCCACUACUAAUGUUACUGAAAGCACUAAGAUUAAUUCUCUUUAGGGUAGUAGAAUCAAAGAACCAUUGCGUGUAACUAUCUAAGAAAAGAAAACUUAAUUUGAAUCUUAAGAUCAUCGGAAAUAACCUGUUUAGGAUGUUAGAGCUUAAAGAAGUCCACCUCCUAAUUCUUAAUCUAUGUAUCCUUAUCCAGUACAUCCAUCUAUGCAUUAAUAUCCUCCUCAACAUUAUUUACCACCCCAAUAUCAUAGAUUUUGA